AUGCCUGCCAUCAACACCCUCGUCGCCCGCGACGCUGUCCACCAGCUCGCCAAGCGCCAGAACUGGGCCCAGAAGGAAGCUGGCGUCGUCGUCGUCUUCUGCAUCAUUUUUAUCGUCGCCCUUGGUGUCUCUGGUCUCAUGAUCUCCAAUCGCGUCGCAACACUAGAGCAACAAAUAGCCCAUCUCGUAACACCAGAAAAGUCCCCAGCAGCCUCGACACCCUCGGCAGAGACCUCAACCUCAACCCCCUCAACCUCCUCGCCUCCCUCUCACUCACACUCACACCCAGCACCCCUAAUCCAAGGACACCAACAAGGCCCCGUAAACGUAACCCACAGCGUCGUCCCCUCCUACUACCACCACUCCUCCUCUUCCUCCUCCCCCUCCUCCUCAUCCUUAAUUGUAACAACGUCAACGACAACAAAGCCGCCCCUAGGCCUAACCUGGUCCCAAGCAUCCAACGUCCUCGCCGACUUCCGCGCAAACUUUAUCCCCAACUUCCCCUUCAUCCAGGUCGACGGGCCCUCGGUCGAACCGGGAUCGGGGUCUCCGCAGCGGCUCGCGCGCGAGAAACCGUUCCUAUUCCGCGCCGUCAUGCUCGCCGCCGCGCCGGCGGGGAAGACGAGGGCCGAGGCGAUGCACCGCGAGUUGUUGGCUGAGAUGGGGGCGCGGAUGAUGCUCGAGGAGGAAGGCGGGUUGGAUUUGUUACAGGGGAUGUUGGUUAUCAUCUUGUGGGCAGAAUGUAGAUACUGGUUCGACAAGCAAAUCACCCGCCUAGUCUACACGGCUCUAGGCUACGCCCACAGUCUAGGCAUCACCAAACCCCCGCGCUCCCUCCUCCAGCCCUCCCCCUGCCGCCCCGGAGGUUCUCAACAACAACACCCAUACCAGCAGCAACAGCGGCAGCAGUGGCGGCAGCAGCAGCAACAGCGACAAGAACCAGAAGACUGCUUCACCAACAAGGCAGCCCUCAGCGCGACGGAACACCACACCCUCGAGGAACAGCGCACCUUUCUCGGCCUCUUCUGCAUCGUCACGUCCAACUGCGCGCAGUUUGCCCGCAAGCAGAAUCCGCUCCUGCACUGCCUUGGUACGAAUGGAAGCAAGUCGUCUCAGGGGCUCGGGUACCUAGAUAUCUGCUACGAGAACCUGGCCGCGUCAGGGAGCCUGGAGGACCGGAUGGCGGCGAGGAUGUUCAAGAUGGCUGCCGUCUCUGCGCGCCUCGUCGACGGGUUCGGUCCCGUGUUCGAUUGCGAGGGAGGGAGGGGCAUGGGGAUGGGAGAUGGGUUCGAGGAGGAGGUGGGGAGGAUCAGGGCAGAUGUGGACGAUGUCUUGGAGGGACUUGAUCCACGGGAUCCGUAUUAUGCAUACCUCAACCUCCAGCACAAAGCCCUCCUAGUCCAACUCUACGAACCAGCAACAAAACACCCCUUUCCCUCAUCACCACUAUCUCCACACCUCGCAGCCUUCCAAAACACCGCCGCCGCCACCACCGUCAACCGUACAACCUACUUUCAAGCAGCCCUCUCCGAAGCCAAAGCCUACUUCGCCGCAACCCUCGCCCUCCCACCAGAAGCCUACAUCUACCGCACCUCCGUCGGCAUGGGCCUAGCCCAAGGCGUCCUCGCCGUCACCACGCGCCUGCUGAUCCUCCACGGCGUCCCGGGGUGGGACCUCCCCCGCGCCCGCGCAGACGUCAAGUUUGCCGAAAUCUGCGAGAAAUUGGUCGCGUUUCUGGGACGGGUGCUGCAGGUGGGUAGGGAGCGGAUGGGCCGGCUGAGGGAGGAGACGUGGGUUCGCGGUGUAGGCGGCGGUGGUAGUGGUUGUGGCAGGGCGUACAAUACCCUCGAAUUCGACUGGGAUGAUAUCAAUGGAGGGAGCGAGAUCGAUGCGAGGGGCUCCAUGUGCGAGGACUUGAUUGGGAAGAUGAAGUGGAUCAAGGAUUGGUAUGAGAGUCGCGUUCGAGCGGGGGACGGCGGCUUGACUACUACUACUUCUCCUGCUGCUGCUGGCGGCGGCGUCGGGAGUGCAGAAGCGGCAAAUAAAGAGUUGAUGGAGGAGAUUGCGAGGAUCUGGCACUGGCCUGCGGACGCGACGAGUAUGCCCAUGUUUGGGGGGUUGAUUAAUCCCUUUGACAUCUGUUACGAUAGUAUCUGA